UCGUCGCGUUUGGUGCUCCGGUAGAUGUUUUGACGUGUUGCUGUUCAGGUAAUAUCUGGUCUUCUGGUAGUGUUGUGUGGUGUUCAACACUUUACCGUUACAUGUGCCCGCACCGGUGGCGGUAGUGGUGUUAAUUCAUUCACAAGAACCGAUCAGUUUACCACUACAAGUUCGAUUUUGAUCCAGCUUCACUAGCUGAGAGGCUAGCCAAAAGCCGCCCGUCUUGAAGCGUGUGCAAGAUGAUGUGAAACAAAAGAACGAGCGAUCUAGUAACACAAAUACAAAUACAACUAGUGCUGGAGAAUAGCAAUCGUUUGCCGUUUUUUCGUGUACGAUCAUCGUUGGUAGUCGGAGAGAUCAAAUUUCCGCAGGACUGAAUAAAUUCAGUGAGAUGUGAGUGGAGUAUAUUGUUUCAUCGAAACUUGAAUUGUGCAAUGGUGGGUAGCGAUAAUCGUUUGCCAACGGAUUCUAUCUGUCAGCAGUGCAAAGUUUAAACAAAGUGCUAUAUAGUGAAGGAAUUUAUUCAGCUGAUGAUUUGAGCUGCUUACCGCGGUGGUAACAGGAUACAGACAGCAAGCAAAGCGAACAGAAUCCUACAGGUGUGUGUUCGAUCUACCGCGCCAUCGUCGGUUGGCCGUUCGUCUUCUUCUUCACUGGGUGUGAUGUCAGUCGACCGUGCGACCGUGAGAAACAAGCUAAAAGUGGCUGAAUUUCGAUUUUAGUGUUGUGAAUAAGCAAAGAAAAAAAAGAAAGAACAACCUUUAACAUAAGUCUGCGAUCUGUGUUCUUGUUUUGGAGAAUGCAAAGGGCAAUGAAAAAACGGGAACGUUGCUAGUGUUUACUACGUUUUCCAGAUAACGGUGUUUUGAUGUUUUUUUGAGUCGGUGUCUUCGCACUCGCAUGAUCGCACUCAACACUGGAAUGUACUGAGUUUGUUUAGCGUCACGAAGCUACAACCAAAUGUUCCUUAACUGCAGCAAAAAGAAAAGAAUUAUGUAGCUCUUCAAGUGAGCGACUAAUCUAGUGCGGUAUACUUUGUAGUCUUAUUUCGGAAAGAGUUGAUCGGUAAUACGUAGAGUAAUGAAAAAGUGUUUGUGCUGUGUUUGUAAGAAAAAAUAAUGAAGCACAUGCAUUGUUGGUACGUGUUCUUAUCGUUUGAGUGAUGGCCGCGAGUAAAUAUUAGAUUGCGGUGUGGUGCUGUAACAAGCCCCAACGUUGUUUUUUUUUCCUAGUGCGCGCGCUUUGUGAGGAUUUCUCAAUCGACUACCUUCCCGAUAAGAGUGAUAAACGGGUCCAACUCAUUGUUAUCGUGGAACGAGUUUUCUACUCUUAUCAAACCCAGCAACGGUUGGUAGAAGAAAAAAAAACCUCAUCAGUCACAACUACUCGGUCGGUUAUUUAUUGACGAAGCAGUAUUACGGAAAUAGGCUUAGUGAUAGUGAUUAAUAAUAUGUGCAAGGCUGCGCAAUAGAGCAUCGAAAAAUGGAAGCUCACGAACGACUCACGGUUCAUCGUCUAGAUCGGCAGCUAGCCCGAAAGGAAACUAUGGUAGCCGGCUCGGGGUGCCGUUCCAGUGAGCACUGCGCUGACGUUGGUGUGGGCAAACCAGUUUACGCAUCAGCAGCCAGAAUGUUGCGGCGUCGCGACACUGCUACGAUGUACUCGCGAGCUAGACCUAAUGGGUCAAGCCGGGUGUUAUCAGUUUGGACGCUGUUUGCGGCUGUAUCGUUGGUGCUGCUCGCUGGCGUUACGCAGCUAUCGACCGUUAAUGCAGAACCACAAAUGCAGGCGCCACGCUUCACGACGCAACCAUCGUCGUCCGGUUCUAUGGUGAACGAAGGUCGAACCAAGAUACUUCAGUGCCAUGCUUUGGGUUAUCCACAACCCAUGUAUCGAUGGCUGAAAAAUGGCGUCCCGGUGGGAGAUUUCGACAACAGUCAAUACCUGAAAAUUCUAAGUACAACGAAGGACGACGCCGGUUCGUAUCAAUGUUUGGCGAAAAAUGACGCGGGUACGAUAUUCAGCGAAAAGAUUGACGUUGUAGUCGCUUAUAUGAGCGUCUUCGAAGAUCUUACCGAACGAGUUGUAUCGGUACAAUCGGGCUACCCGGCCAUACUGAACCUAUCGCGGAUAGAAUCUGUCCCGGAACCGUCGGUUACCUGGCAGACCGAGGAGGGACCGCUGAACUACGACAUUAAGUACGCAACGACGGCCGACAAUCAGUUGAUCAUUCUGAGCGUCGACGAAAAUGACAUGAAGUCCUAUCGAGCCCGUGCCAUCAAUACGCAAAUCGGCAAGGAGGAAAUCAGUGCAUUCAUUCGGGUUAAUAUAACGGGCAGUUCGUACGGGGAGGUGGCCCCGGAAAUUAUAGUGGAACCGAAAAGCAUGAAAGUUGUUCGCGGGGAGCAGACUGUGCAGCUGGAGUGUAUUGCCAAUGCCAGACCGCUGCAUGAGUUAGAAACUAUUUGGUUGAAGGAUGGGAUUGCCAUUGAAAAUGCCGGGAUUCAGUAUGCCCACACGGAUCCGUGGAACCGAACGCUUGCGUUGCUGUAUGUAAAUUUGACACACACCGGCCAAUACACGUGUCAAGUGCAGAUGCGAACUGGUGGCCAUCCAACGGUUUACUCGGUAGCUACGGUGACCGUACAAGAGCCUCCAUCGUUUUUUACACCCUUCCGGACGGAAACUUUGGGGGAUUAUGGUUCGAAAACGGUACUCCCUUGUGAUGUGAUCGGAGAACCCAUUCCGUACGUUACGUGGUUUAGAAACGCAGAGGGACUUGAUUUGUCAACGGAUCGAUACACGGUUUUGGACGAUCAUUCACUUGUAAUCAAGAAGCUCAGCAUGGAGGAUUCGGCAUUGUUCCAGUGUUUGGCCAGCAACGAAGCCGGAGAAAAAUCCGGUUACACUUGGCUCAAAGUUAAAAAUAACACCGACCAUCCAGCCGUGCUCAAGCACCUAAUCCUAUACAAUCAGUUCAUUCGUAACAAACGUCUGGCCCAGCCCAGAAUCAUUCGUGUACGCAAUUCUGCAACGGCAGCAAACUCGACGGCAUCCACCACCAUCACCAGCAUCAGCGGAGGCACCACCGGAGCCACUGGUACCAAUAACUCGACUCGUGGUCGCAAAAAAUCGGUGACCAGCAGUCCGUCUUCUGUUUCGGUCCCAUCCACAACGUCAAGCAUCACGGCACGUGCCGAGAAUAUUUCCUCUGACGUUGGACCUGCCAUUCCCAUCAUGGAACUACCGCCCACCAAUCAAACAGUUCUGGACGGAAAGGACGCCACAAUGCACUGUCGAGCAGUCGGAGCCCCUAGCCCGAACAUCACCUGGAUAUUUAAUGAAUCAGAAGGUAUCGAACUAUCCGGUCGAAUUCAGAUUCUCGAUACGGGCGAUCUACUGAUUUCCAACGUACGAGAAUCGGAUGCCGGACUGUACACUUGUGUUCGUGCCAACGAAGCUGGAAUUGUCACCGGGGAAGCAUUCCUCAGUGUGAUGGUGAGGACCCAGAUCGUGCAGCCGCCGGCGGAUACCACCGUACUGCUCGGUCACACCGCUGCGCUCCAGUGUCGAGUUUCGUCCGAUCCGACGGUACCGUUCAACGUCGACUGGUACCGAGAGCCACAACGGCAGCCCAUCAAGAAUAGCCAACGUGUCGCUGUGAAAGCCGACGGAACGUUGGAGAUCGUUGAGGUACGCCCGUCGGAUGUCGGGCAGUAUUCGUGCAUUGUGACCUCUCCUGGCGGCAAUGAAACACGCUCGGCCCGUCUAAGUGUGGUUGAGCUUCCGUUCGCACCAACGAAUGUGAAAGCUGUACGUUUGAAUACGGCAACCCAUCGAGCGAUUAACGUUUCCUGGACUCCUGGAUUCGAUGGGAAUAGCGCUGUGCUAAAGUUCAUUAUUCAGAGGCGCGAGGUUCCCGAACUGGAAAUUUCAGGACCACUGCCAGACCCUUUGCUGAAUUGGGUUACCGAACUUAGCAAUGUUUCCGCCGGAUCUCGAUGGAUACUGUUGACAAAUCUAAAGGCAGCCACGGCGUACCAGUUCCGCGUCAGUGCAGUCAAUCGGGUUGGCGAGGGCUCACCGUCGGACCCGAGCAAUGUCAUUAAGCUCCCACAGGAAGAUGAACUGAGGAGGAGAGUUCCUUCUCCUCCAUCGGGACCACCGGUAGGCUUCGUUGGAUCGGCACGGUCAUCUUCCGAAAUCAUCACGCAGUGGCAACCACCUCUGGAAGAGCACAGGAACGGACAGAUCCUUGGCUAUAUCAUUCGGUAUCGUCUUUAUGGAUACAACGCUAGCCCGUGGAACUACCGAAAUAUCACCAACGAAGCUCAACGAAACUACCUCAUCCAGGAACUGAUAACGUGGAAAGAUUACAUCGUCCAAAUAGCUGCCUAUAACAAUAUGGGCGUUGGAGUUUACACAGAAGGAGCCAAGAUCAAAACGAAAGAGGGCAUUCCGGAAGCACCGCCAACAAACGUUCGCGUUAAACCACUCAACUCGACGGCCAUUCGAAUAUGGUGGAAACCUCCCAAUCCCCAGCAGAUCAACGGAAUAAACCAGGGAUAUAAAAUUCAAGCUUGGAGGUACGAAAUAAUUGACGGAGAAGAACACGAAACGGAAUCCAAAAUGAUUACCGUUCCGCCGAGUCUGCUGGAUCCGUUGGCCGAACAAAAUACGAUCAUGUCUGGACUUGACAAAUUUACGAUCUACAACGUAACGGUACUGUGCUUCACCGAUCCGGGAGAUGGCGAACGCAGCUUCCCGAUCGAAGUUAAAACCAAAGAAGAUACCCCGGAUGAGGUGAGCUCGCUACAGUUUGACGACGUAUCCGAUCGAGAGGUGAAGGUCAUGUGGACUCCACCGAAACAGAUAAACGGCGUUCUGACGGGUUAUCGGGUCAAGUAUCAGAUCAAAGAUAAACCGGCUACGCUGAAGGAGCUUAACACCAAUGCCAACACGACAAGUCUCAAGGUGGUCAAUCUGGUUGCAACUACACACUAUUGGUUUGAAGUGACCGCCCUGACUGCAGUUGGGGCAGGUCUUUCGAGGUCGGCCAUAAUACAGUCCGGCGUUGAACCCGUCCUGCCUCACCCUCCGUAUCAGCUAGCUCUGUCCAACAUAGAGGCAUUCUCUGUGGUGAUUCAAUUUACACCUGGAUUUGACGGAAAUUCCUCCAUCACCAAGUGGACCGUCGAAGGACAAACUGCCCGAAACCUAACGUGGUUCACGAUCUACGAAGUUCACGAUCCGGAUGCAUCGACACUGACCGUAACGGGGUUGACUCCUUUCACGCCAUAUCGACUUAGGAUAAUCGCGUGGAAUGUUGUUGGACCAUCCGAACCUUCCGAACCAACCAAAGACUUCCAGACGAUCCAGGCACGACCGAUGCAUCCACCGUUGAACGUCACCGUUCGAGCGAUGAGUGCAACAGAGCUACGAGUUCGCUGGAUUCCUCUGCAGCAAACGGAAUGGUUCGGCAAUCCACGCGGUUACAAUGUCACUUACAGGAAUGUUAACGAAAAAGCUCUGAUUUCGGCGUUCAGCGUGAUCAUAGAAGAUCCGACGGCAAACUCCCAUGUACUGGAUAGUUUGGAAGAAUGGUCUGUCUACGAGAUAUUCAUGAGUUCGGUCAACGAAGUAGGACAGUCCAACGAAAGCCCUCAUGCCUUCGAAAGAACCAGGGAAGCGGUUCCAUCAUUUGGUCCACUCGGCGUGGAAGCUAACGCAACUUCAUCGACGACGAUCGUAGUAAAAUGGGCUGAAGUACCGAAAGAACAUCGGAAUGGACAGAUCGAAGGAUUCAAAGUUUUCUACGGUUCGGCUGGUAGAACGCAUGUUCUCCAUAAAACCAUAGCCAGUAACGCAACCUACACAACAACGUUAACUGAACUGAAGAAGUUUGUGCAGUACGAUAUUCAGGUACUUGCCUACACUCGGCUAGGGGAUGGAAUGUUGAGUUCACCUCCGGUUAGGGUUCAAACAUUCGAAGAUACUCCGGGGGCGCCAUCGAAUGUAUCUUUCCCCGAUGUUUCGUUCAGUAUGGCACGCAUAAUCUGGGACGUUCCCGAAGAACCGAACGGUGAGAUAUUGGCCUACAAGGUUACGUAUCUGCUGAAUGGAUCCGGAAGUUUGAACUUCAGUCGUGAGUUUCCUCCAUCCGAUAGAACUUUCCGUUCCACUCAGUUGCUCGCCGAACGGUACUAUCUGUUUAGUGUAACUGCCCAAACCCGGCUUGGAUGGGGCAAAACAGCAGCCGUGCUCGUUUAUACUACCAAUAAUCGAGAGAUUCCCCAAGCUCCUUCGUCACCUCAAAUCUCGAGAUCUCAAGUGCAAGCUCAACAGAUAACGUUCAGUUGGACUCCAGGCCGAGAUGGUUUUGCACCGCUUCGUUAUUACACUGUGCAAUUCCGGGAAAACGAAGGACCUUGGACGUUGAUUCCGGAGCGAGUUGAUCCAGCUGUUACGUCCUAUACGGCAGUUGGAUUGAAGCCGCACACUCUGUACCAAUUCCGAAUACAAGCCACGAAUGACAUUGGUCCUUCAGCUUUCAGCAAGGAAAGUAUCGAGGUUCGAACGUUACCGGCAGCUCCAUCGGAGGGUAUUACCAAUCUCAAGGUGGUUCCAAUAACUACAACAAGUGUGAGGGUUCAAUGGAACACUUUAAGAAAAGCUUUGUGGAAUGGAGAUGCAAGUACUGGCGGCUAUCGCAUACUCUAUCAACCGAUUUCCGAUUUCCCAUCGACGUUACAAAGUAUCCCAAAACUGGAUGUCAUGGGUGUAGAGCAGGAGUCCGCUAUUUUGAAGGACUUAACACAGGAUCGGAAUUACGAAAUUAUUGUGCAGCCAUUUAACUCACAGGGUUCGGGACCUCCAACACCGCCGGUAGCCGUCUACGUUGGUGAAGCCGUACCCACUGGAGAACCUCGGGGUAUCGAGGGAGCACCGGUUUCAUCUACUGAAGUUCGCCUCCGCUGGAAAGCUCCUCAGCAGAGUAUGCAAAAUGGAGAGUUGCUGGGAUACAAAAUCUUCUAUUUGGUAACCGAUUCACCACAGGAGCUCGAGGAGGGCCGAAAACACGAAGAAGAAAUAGAAGUCGUUCCUGCAUCCUAUACUUCGCAUAGUUUGGUUUUCCUGGAUAAGUACACCGAGUACCGGAUUCAAAUUCUGGCCUUCAAUCCCGCUGGUGAUGGACCACGGUCAACACCGAUUACGGUGAAAACUCUGCAAGGACUUCCCGGUCCGCCAAGUAGUCUUUCAUUUUCAGAUAUCACUAUGAAUAGUUUGAAGGUCGGCUGGAACCCACCGAAGAAGCGAAACGGAGAAAUACUUGGUUACAUCGUAACCUACGAAACGACCGAGGAUAAUGAAAAAUUCAGCAAACAGGUGAAACAAAAAGUGUCCGGAACCAGUUUGCUCAUACAGAAUCUGGAGGAAGAAGUCACCUACACCUUCACGGUUCGUGCGCAAACAAUCGAUUACGGUCCGGCGCUGAGUGGUAACGUGACGACCGGUCCGCAGGAAGGCUCCCCCGUAUCACCGCGUGACCUUUUGCUAUCCAAAUCGCAAGCCAGCGUUGACAUGUCUUGGCUUAACGGCCCUUCCGGGAAGGGACCCAUACUGGGUUACUAUAUCGAAACGAAAAAACGAGAUAUGGAACACUACUAUAAUUACGACUCCCGAUGGGAAACGGUCGCCCGCACAACCAACGGACCAAUCCAGGAGUUCACGGUUAGCUUCCAAAGUUUGCUACCAUCGACGGCAUACAAAUUCCGAGUGAUAGCCUAUAACCGGUACGGUAUCAGUUGUCCGGUCUAUUCGGAUGAUGCCAUUCUAACUCCAUCGAAGCUUUACCUCGAGUACGGCUAUCUACAGCAGAAACCAUUCUAUCGGCAAACCUGGUUCAUGGUGGCACUGGCGGCAACCUCGAUCAUCAUUAUCAUCAUGGUGAUUGCGGUCUUGUGUGUGAAAAGUAAAAGCUACAAGUACAAACAAGAAGCACAGAAAACACUGGAAGAAUCGAUGGCUAUGUCGAUUGACGAGCGCCAAGAACUGGCGCUGGAAUUGUAUCGAUCCCGUCAUGGUGUGACAAGUGCCAAUGGCACGCUCAACGGUACCGGAACCCUGGGACGACGUACGGGAACCAUUAUGGGUUCCCGGAAACCACAGACAUCGGCUGCUGCGGCAGCUUCUCUGGGGAAAUCUCCUCCAAGACCAUCUCCGGCUUCGGUGGCUUAUCACAGCGAUGAGGAAAGUCUCAAGUGCUAUGAUGAGAAUCCCGACGAUAGUAGCGUUACGGAGAAGCCGUCUGAGGUCAGCUCUAGUGAUUCGCAGGCCUCAGAAAGCGAAAACGAAAGCGUUCGCUCCGAUCCGCACUCAUUCGUGAACCACUACGCGAAUGUGAACGACUCGCUGCGGCAAUCCUGGAAGCGACAGAAACCGGUGCGCAACUAUUCCAGCUACACGGAUUCCGAACCCGAGGGAUCGGCGGUGAUGAGUUUGAACGGUGGUCAAAUCAUCGUCAAUAACAUGGCUCGAUCGCGGGCUCCACUGCCCGGAUUUAGCUCAUUCGUAUGACCUACGUCUUGCGAGGGGAUCAUCGACGAGCUGGACGCAAAGCUGAAGGCCAGAAGCAACGGGCACGCGAACGGAACCGUGGCUACCGGGUGUGGUGCCCAUUCUGGUAUCAGCGGUAGCAAAAGCGAAAAUCAGCUGUCCUGACGUGAGCUGAAAAUCGAUGAAUUUCAUGCCAGAGCUAGCUGUAGGAAACUUGUUUGUGAUACAAAUGUUUUACAUCUGAAAAUUUAGAGUGAGUGAGGUGUUUGCGUGGGUCUGAAUUUGGACGGAGGGAUGAAUGGUAAUGCGAACCAGUUUUUCUUUUUAAAUUAUCAUAUAGGGAUGAUGAGAUUCUAUCAAAGAAACACACAUGCCAUUUUUGAGUGUGCGAUAAGAGUUCGCAUAUAAUCUGCUCCUUGAGAGAAAAGCAUAAUCAAAAAUAUGACUGAUUUUUAUUCUUUACUGUAGAAUAUUUGAAUUUAAGUAAGGCAGUAUCAAAUGGCUACUUUUGUAUCAGCUUAGCCGUCGAUCGUUUCGAUUUUAGUGAAUAUUAUUUAAUUGAAGAACUGAUACAAACAUUACACGCUGUUGUACAAUACCGAACAGAAAACAAAAAAAAAAAAGAAAAUAGAUGGAAUAUGCUGAAAGUUAGUAUAGGUUAAGGGAAACCAAAUUAUUGACGUUUCAAAUGCACUAAUUCAUAAACAAACAAAAAUGAAAAUGAAAAAAAAAAGAAAAGUUCUAGGUGCAAUACGCAUAAGAUAAAAUGUCAUUCGAUCUCAAAAAGAAUAGAAAAAAAGGCACAAAUAAGCGUACGACCCAGUCUCGUUUUUUUUUGGUAUUCUAAUUUGUUCAGGAUAAGCAUUUAUUCUUGUAACUUUCCUACUUCGCCUAUUUCUGCCCCACAAAUAGUUUUCGUAAUGAGAGCAGUUCUAGGAAAUAACCAGCAGCAAAAUGUGGCAAAAUCUAGAUGGAUUUGCUCCGAUUUGGACAAAACUUUGUAGGUGUCUUCCGCAUGGCUAAUCAUUAAAUGUUUUACACGGUCGGAGAGAAUAAUUUUUAAAUAGAGUAAAUGUUUUUAGUAUGAAAUUUUUCAGACCCUCACAACUUAGAAACUGUUAAUAGUAGAAAGAAUGUGUCCAAAAAAGUGGUAGGAAAUUUUUCGGUUACUCUAAAAAAACUGUACACUGAUAAAAAAAAAAUCAAACUCUGUUUCAAAAAUUUCAAAAAAAAGUUUCCGAAAUUGUUGAUUCGAUAUUUUCAAGCCUGUCACGCUUAGCAGACAUGAAGUAAAUGACACUUAUGUUUAAAUAAGUGAUUUGUAAAAAAGCAUUUACUUUCCGUUUAUUUAGCGGUUUAUAUUGAACCGCGAGGUGGCGUUAACAGUUCAACAUAAGCUGCUAAUGCACUGGUGAAUAAAAGACGAAACGCAAAACAAACUUGAACAUUAUUGCACCGGUCAAAAGCAAGAAAUUUGCUCAUAGUAUCUUUUCUCCUAAAAGUAGCUGUUCUGGGGAUAUUCAGACAAGAAAUGCAAAAAAACUCAAAUUCUUUUUGAAUUGUGUUGUUUCUCGUCUCAUCGUUGUAGCUCGGAAACUGUUGGUUUUUUAAAGGAUGGUGUUGAAGAAGAAGCUGUAGGAAAUCGUGUUAUAAUUAGCAAUCGUAGUUCUUUGAAUAUAUCUCUAAAUAUAUAUUGAAGAUCUCUCUAAAUAUCUUGAAGAUGGUCUAUGGGUCAAAAUUCGCAAAAUCGCCCAGCAAAAAUGACUACGACUAUUUGAAUUUUUUUGCUAAAAGUUAUUGUAGAAUAAAAUUUUUGUGUUCAGCUUCCGACCAUGAUUAGGCAAAAGCCAGAAUCAAUAAAAUAAAAAUUGUAAAAUGAAAUUUUUCGUCACAUUUUCUACAAAAUCAUACCAUUCUUUAACAAAUAAACAAAUUCGAAUGAAAGCUUUACAAAUCGCAGAUAAUGCACUGAGGUCUUUUUUUACGCGAGACAGCAAAAAAACGCGUAACUUCGGAAAUCCGCUUAAAAAACGCAAAACCAAAGAAAACUUUUUCCUAAGUCAAAUAUCUUAGAAAUGAAAGUAUCAAAAACAAUUUUUUUUUAAAACAAUUGAAAAUUUUCUAAGUGUGAGAGUUGGCCUCAAUAAAAUUUCGGAAUAAUACCAGAUGUCGAUGUUUCAUGGAUUUCUAGGACAAAACAAGAAAAUCGGAGAACUUUGAAAAUUCAUGUAAAAAACAGCGUAAAUCCGCGUAAAAAAUCGCAUAGAAAACGGCGUAAAGUCUUCAGCGUACAACAAAUUUAAACUUAUUAAAUAAAAAUGAAUCUUUUUCCUUGAUUGUUUUAUACAAUUUUUGAAAACAAUUGAUUUUUUUUAAUUUAUUUGUUGAAAAAUGGCAUGAUUUUGUUGAAAAUGUGAUAAAAACUUUCACGAAAACUUUUUAGAAAAAAAUUUUUUCGUUGUCUUUUUGAGAAUGUCAAAAUUGGAGUGCCUAUAACCAGAGUGGCGACAGCUGUUUGUUUGGAAUGACAGCUUUGUUAGAAACGGGCAAACGACCUGUCAAAUACAAUGUAAAGCUCACGAAUGAGAUGUCGUCAUUCUGUUUCUAAGCACUCUAGUCACUGUAAGGAUCAAAUAGAAUCGAAUUAUACACACUUGAACAUAAUAUAAAAACAGUAAUGUUUUUCUGGGCGAUUCACGAAUUCUGACCGUAUGAGCAAAUUUAUUGCAUCUGAUCUGCAGAAUCACAUUCUAUUUGUUGUACAAAAGACUAUUUUUCAACAUGAGCUCAAAGUUAGAUAAAUACCUAAAAAUUAUUUCAUCUGUAACUUCUUCACUUUAUAAUUCACACUAAUCAAAUGUGGAUUUUUAUAUUGUGUUAAAAUUAAUUUAAAACAGAUUUAAAGAGAGGUUAUUUUUAAUUCGUUUAUUUCGGUUAAUUAUUCUAAUUGUUGAAAAACCAUUCGAUUUUUUUUCUCAGUGUAUAUUUAGUAGAAUAGCCUAUCUGUAUCCUACAACUUCUUCUCCGACACAUUUUUUCCACAGUUUGCAGUUUCCUGGCUCAGCAGAGAUGCCAGAUCUCGUAUAUAGUGCUGCAGACUAUUGAAAAUCUAUAUGUUUGCAGAUUUUUGUCAAAAUUUACAGACUUUAGAAAUGGCCGUUUUUUUUGUUAACCAAGUCAGUUUAGCGUAUCAUAUUUUAUAGAGAAAUUGCUGGCUGCAAGAGAUACUUUUAAAAGAAAUUGCUCACUGUAGAUAUUUUUUCGGAUUUACAGACUCUUGCCACCCUGUCUGAAGAUAUUUGAAAUUUUUUACCAGGCAUCUCUACUCUUCAGUCGAAUUGGUGGUCUCUCCACUCAAUAAAAAAAACGGCUUUGUCAUAUUGAAGACGUGUGCUAAGUUUUAUUUGAAUCGAAGUAUAAGGAAAUCUAAUGACCUGCUACAAAUUUCUGAAAUUGCUCAUGAACUGUAAAAGUAUUAACAAAACAAUCGAUGGUUGGUAGCAUAAUAGAGCCAUAAUUUUGUGGCGAUAAUUUGAAAAAACUGCAAGUUUUAGUUAUCGCCAUACUCUUAAACUUAAAAGUAACGGAAGACGAAACACUGUAACAGAAAAAAAAAUCCACUGCCACUUUCAAUUCCAUGCGUGUAUUUUAUUAUAACCACAAUUUACAACCCUCCAAGGCCAUGGAACAUUAACUGUUGCCGCGAUGGAUGCAGAACCAAAUGAUCCCUGUUCUGGGUAGGGUAACAGAAACAGUACGUUUACAGUACGAAGUAGUGCAACCGUUUUUUAUUGUGAAUAUUUCCAUCCUAAAUUUAUGGUUAUGUUAUCGGUUUCUGCAAGACUGUUGAAGCUCUGACGAUACCUAUUUCCAGUUGCCUUAUCAUACUAACAUAACAUUAACCACUAUUAGCGUUCUUAGCGAUUCUUCGAUGAACAUGUGCAUUUUAUGUUCCCACGCGAUUAACAGAAUAAAACUAACAUAUGUACAUAUAAAAAGGUGAUCGUUAUACGAACAAAUCAAAUCAACCAAUUCUUAGUUGAGCAUAGUUUAGUACUAGUUGGAAAGAGAAUAAGGUACCAUCUACGAAGCCAUGCGGCUUUUCACGAGUCCGAAGAAAUUAUUUGUGUAUAACAACUACUUACAUUCAGUGAUCAAACAAAUUCAAGUGUGAAUGUAUUCCUUUGUACAAAAUCUAUAAAGUAGAACUGUAAAUUAUAAUAAGACUUCUAAAUAUUUUAUAUAGCUAGAAAAAGAAUAAGAAAAUUUAUUGUGGUAUGAGAGAUACUGAGAUCCAACAAAUUUGUACCUAGAAAGAACCAGAAGAAAAUUCAAAACAGAAAAUAAAAUACUUGUUAAAGAAAAAAAUAAAUAAAGCUAGCACAAUAGAUGGAAAAAUGAACACAAACACACCCACGAAUCUACGAAUAUCAAUACAAUCGAAUACACAAUCGUUUUUACCCUGAAUCACGCGCUGCUACUACUCUUAGUCACGAUAUAAAAACUGCCUUCACAGUACAUUUGUGUAAUCAGUAAUGAACAGAGAAAAAAACUAGUAGUGAACUAUGUCAGAUCUACUUAAUCCGUUGUUACUACUACAUAGAACAAUACAAAUGAUGCCACUGUAAGCAUUCGUAAAAAAAAUGUGUAUCAGAAAUAUAAUAGUGAAAAAUAA